UAUUUAAACUUUUUAUUUUUAACGCGUCUCGCGCAGAGCCGCAGGGAGCGGGCGGCGCGCGGACGCGUCAAAGUCUCGCAUCCCUUCAUGAAUGAACCGCUCUCGCGCGUUAGGAUUAAAGAAAUCGCGCUGAGUUUUUUCCCCGACUCCCACCCCCUCUAAUUUUUUAUGCAUUUUUCUAAACUGUCAUGGCGUUUAGUGUCCUUGGAAAUAAACGCGGAGACGUGAACGCGUAGGUUUUCGCGCUAGCUGAUGUCCGGAGCCGGUGUGUCCAGUUCAAAUAGUUGCAUAGGUAGACUGACACCUGUCUCGUCUCAGAGAAUGGGACGCAGACACAAAGUUCAAGAAAAAAUGAAAAUACAAAAGAAGGACAAGCAGAUGUCUGCCACCCACGUACUAAAGCACACUCCAUCCGCUGCCGCCUCGCAUGCCUCUGACCAAAACGCACAAACUACAUUUCCCAUCGGCCACUUUGGCAAAGAGCAGUUACGAAUCAUCGGCGGGCCCCCCAAUCACUGCAUGGCUCAGCCAAAGCACUCUGGGUUACGGCAGGUGGGGCCCGCAGCCGCCGACCAGAGUCUCCGCCUGACGCCCUCGCCAAUCAACAGCGAGGAGGACGAUGGAGGGGGCGGGGCCAGAGUGAAGAAGAAACGUAGGAAAAAAGAUAAGAAAGUGCUGGAGUGGCCGCAAGAUGGACACGGCGACGUUAAACCAAAGAGGAAGGAGCAAAAAGAAGGGAAGGAGCGUCUUCCGAGAAAGUCGAAGGCGGCGAAGGAGCAAAAGGAUCACAAGAAGAGGGAGGUGAAAGUUCAAAAGGAGGUCAGAAAGGGCAAGAAAGGGCAAGAUGCGAAAGUGAAAGAGCAGGCCAAGAACGCUGCAACACAUCCACCCUCAAAAAGAGGGAGGAAGCCAAAAGAGCAGGGUGCCAUGCCACCAGAGAAGAAGAAGAAGGGCAAGAGGAAAAGUGAUGCUCUGCUGGAGGCGGUGGAGAGCGACGACACGGCUUCCCUCAGCACGCUGGCCACGGGAGGCGAGGAAAGCAUUGACCCUAUGGACACUAAGAGGCGUUCAGGGCGUCAGGUGAAGCGUCGGAAGUAUAAUGAAGAUCUUGAUUUCAAGGUCGUGGAUGAUGAUGGGGAGACCAUUGCUGUUUUGGGCACGGGCCGAAUUCCUGCCCUGUCUUCUACCCUUGCCUGGCAGGCUGAGGAACCCCCUGAAGAUGAAGCCAACAUCAUUGAAAAGAUACUCGCAGUACGAACAGUCAAGAAAGAGAUGUCUCCAGAUGAAGAACCAGAAAGCUUGGAGAAAUUUUAUGUGAAGUACAGAAAUUUCUCCUAUCUGCACUGUAAAUGGGCGACCUUGGAAGAGUUGGAGAAGGACCCACGCAUUCACCAAAAAAUCAAGCGUUAUAGGAACAAGCAGGCACAAAUGAAGCACAUUUUCACAGAGCCGGAUGAAGACAUCUUUAAUCCGGACUACAUCGAGGUUGAUCGAGUUUUAGAGAUCGCUAUCACUACAGACACAGAAACAGGAGAGGAAGUUACACACUACCUGGUCAAAUGGUGCUCUCUGCCAUAUGAGGAGAGCACUUGGGAGCUACAGGAAGAUGUUGAUCCCGUGAAAAUCAAAGAGUUUGAAGACCUCAAGGAAAUACCAGAAAUCAAACACGUGGAAAGACCUCUACCAGAACAAUGGCAGAAACUGGAGAGAUCUCGAGACUACAUAAAUGGGAAAGAGCUUAGAGAAUAUCAGUUAGAGGGAAUGAACUGGCUGCUCUUCAACUGGUACAACAGGAAAAACUGUAUCCUGGCUGACGAAAUGGGCCUGGGGAAGACCAUCCAGUCCAUCACGUUCCUGUACGAGAUCUUCUUCAUGGGUUUGAGAGGACCAUUCCUCAUCAUCGCCCCUCUCUCCACCAUCACCAACUGGGAGAGAGAGUUUCGUACAUGGACCAUGAUGAACGUCAUUGUCUAUCACGGCAGUCAGAUCAGCCGGCAGAUGAUCCAUCAGUAUGAGAUGUACCAUCGAGACGAUCAGGGAAAUGUAGUAACCGGGCAGUUUAAGUUUCAUGGGAUAAUCACUACAUUCGAAAUGAUCAUGGCGGACUGUCCAGAGCUGAAGAAGAUUAACUGGCGCUGUGUGGUGAUCGACGAGGCUCAUCGACUUAAAAACCGCAACUGUAAACUGCUGGAGGGUCUCAAGCUCAUGAACCUGGAACAUAAAGUUCUUCUCACAGGAACUCCUUUGCAGAACUCAGUUGAGGAACUUUUCAGUCUCCUCAACUUCCUCGAACCCUUACAGUUCCCGUCUGAGACCACUUUCCUGGAGGAGUUUGGAGACCUGAAAACUGAGGAGCAGGUAAAGAAACUUCAGGCCAUUCUGAAGCCCAUGAUGUUGAGGAGACUAAAGGAUGAUGUCGAGAAGAAUCUUGCCCCCAAAGAGGAGACAAUCAUCGAGGUGGAGCUCACGAACAUUCAGAAGAAAUACUACAGGGCCAUUCUGGAGAAAAACUUCACCUUUCUUGCCAAGGGAGCAAACCAGCACAACAUGCCCAACCUCAUUAACACAAUGAUGGAGCUUCGCAAGUGUUGUAAUCACCCGUACCUCAUCACAGGUGCCGAGGAAAAGAUUCUAGAGAGCUUCAGGAAGACGUACAGUCCUGACGCCUUGGAUUUCCAGCUUCAGGCUAUGAUCCAGGCUGCCGGUAAACUAGUGCUCAUAGACAAGCUGCUGCCCAAACUUCUAGCUGGAGGACAUAAAGUGCUGGUGUUUUCACAGAUGGUCAGAUGUCUGGAUAUACUGGAAGACUACCUCAUCCAGAGGAGGUACACGUACGAGCGUAUAGAUGGCAGGGUUCGAGGGAAUCUACGGCAGGCUGCCAUCGAUCGCUUCAGUAAGGUGGACUCGGACCGUUUCGUGUUCCUCCUGUGCACACGAGCGGGAGGGCUGGGCAUCAACCUCACCGCAGCUGACACCUGCAUCAUAUUCGACUCGGACUGGAACCCGCAGAACGACUUGCAGGCUCAAGCUCGUUGCCACCGGAUCGGUCAAAGCAAAGCAGUGAAGGUUUAUCGCCUUAUCACGCGGAACUCGUAUGAGAGGGAAAUGUUCGACAAAGCCAGUCUCAAACUGGGAUUGGACAAGGCUGUUCUACAGGACAUAAACCGCAAGGGAAGUCUCAACGGGGUUCAACAACUGUCUAAGAUGGAGGUGGAAGAUCUCCUCAGGAAGGGAGCGUACGGAGCGCUCAUGGAUGAAGAAGACGAGGGCUCUAAAUUUUGUGAGGAGGACAUCGAUCAGAUCCUGCAAAGACGCACCCAGACCAUUAAAAUCCAGUCUGAGGGAAAGGGAUCCACGUUUGCCAAGGCCAGCUUUGUUUCUUCAGGGAACCGUACGGACAUCUCUCUGGACGAUCCAAACUUCUGGCAGAAAUGGGCUAAAAUCGCUGAGCUGGAAAUCGACUCCAAAGCUGAAAAGGAGAGUUUGGUGAUCGACACGCCUCGCGUACGGAAGCAGACGCGUCACUAUAAUUCGUUCGAGGAUGACGAGCUGAUGGAAUUCUCUGAACUCGACAGCGACUCGGAAGAACGCCCCUGUCGUUCGAGAAGGCUCAGUGACCGCAGCAGACGCUACCUCCGUGCAGAGUGCUUCAGAGUGGAGAAGAACCUGCUCAUUUUCGGGUGGGGUAGAUGGAAUGAAAUUCUCAAUCAUGGCCGAUUUAAAUGGCAUCUAACGGAGAGAGACAUGGAGAUCCUGUGCAGGGCUCUGCUGGUCUACUGUGUUCGACAUUAUAAAGGAGACGAUAAAAUCAAGAGCUUCAUCUGGGACCUGAUCACGCCCACUAAAGACGGACACAACCAAGCACUCCAAAACCACUCCGGUCUGUCAGCUCCUGUCCCACGGGGUCGUAAAGGCAAGAAGCUGAAGAACCAGUUGAGUCCACCUGAGCUGAAGAAUGCAGACUGGCUGGUCCACUGUAACCCUGAGGUGGUUCUUCAGGACGACAGCUACAAGAAGCACCUCAAGCAACAUUGCAACAAAGUUUUGCUGAGGGUGCGAAUGCUGUACUAUCUGAAGGUGGAAGUUCUGGGGGAUGCUGCGGCUCAAGCUCUUGAAGGAAUCCCAGCUAGUAAACUGGAGGUCACUCUGCCUGAUAUCGACUACAUUGAGAUCCCUACUAUAUGGUGGGAUGCUGAGGCUGAUAAAUCACUGCUCAUUGGGGUACACAAACAUGGGUACGAGCGGUAUAAUGCCAUGCGUGCGGACCCUGCGCUGUGUUUCCUGGAGCGGGUGGGCAUGCCUGACGUCACGGCGUUGACAGUAGAACAAGGUGAAGCAGAAGCAGUUGCAGAUACUCCUGACAGUAUCAGCAAGAAUGAUGAAGUGAAGGAGGAGACAGAAUCUAAGUCUGAGGAGUUAGAAGAGAAGGGAGACAUCAAGGAGGAGCCCAUGUUAGAGGAAAUCGGGAAAAAUGACAGUACGGUGAUGGCAUCACUUCAAGGAGAUCUCAUUGCAGAAGUGAUUGAGCAGGGACGGAUACACUGGCCGGCAGGCUCGUCUCUUACUGCGAGAUUACGACGACUCAUUACUGCCUAUCAACGAUACACACGGCGAGAGCCGCUUCGUCCUGAUUUCCUCCUGCACGAGGGAAUUGCACCUGUGGCUUGGCAUAUUGGAGAUUUUAGGCACUGCACAACUGAGCCGGAUCCGCUUUUUCUGGAGUGGCAACGGAGGUGGACACGCCGCGAGCAGGCGGACUUCUAUCGCACCGUGUCAUCGUUUGGGGUAGCUUUUGACCCUGAAAAGAAGACUUUUGACUGGAACCAGUUCCGUGCCCUUGCUCGCUUGGAGAGGAAAACGGAUGAAAGUUUGGAGAGAUAUUUCUACAGCUUCGUCUCAAUGUGUCGCACUGCUUGUAGACUUCCACCCAGAAAAGAUGAAUGCUCUGUUGACCCUACGCUCUUUGUGGAACCCAUUACAGAGGAGCGAGCUGCCCGAACGUUAUACCGUAUCGAACUUUUGAGGAAGGUCCGUGAGCAAGUAUUGCGCCACCCGCUUUUGGGGGCACGACUGCAGCUUUGUCGUCCCAGCCUCUAUUUGCCUGUUUGGUGGGAGUGUGGCAAACACGAUCGUGAUCUUCUCAUUGGUGUUGCUAAACACGGCUUGAGCCGAACGGACUUCUACAUCUUAAAUGACCCUCAGCUAUCCUUCCUGGAGGCCCACCGAAACUAUGUUCACAAAGAAAACCACAGAUAUCCUGCGCCGGGUUUGUCCCAUCUCCAUUGCUGCUUAUACGAUGCCAACCAUGGCCAUUGUCAGUCCCCACAACCUCCGGAGUACCGCGCCGCAACCUCACACCACACACAAACCCAUCAACUCAUUCAUACUCCCGGCCAUCACCAGCCCACAGAAGUUGUGGCGUCAGAGACUGGAAGCAUCAGCAUGGGUACGGGAAGCAGGGAAGUAUUUUUGGACUGUCCUCCGUUGGAUGAUUCGCUAGAGUUGGGGUCUUUACAACAUGACAGCUUGACAUCAGAUCAGCUACAUAGUAAGUCCGGUAAAGAGGCCUUUAAUGGAUUCCCCUUCAAUUCUGCAACUGGUGGGCAGAAUAUGCUAAACUCAUACGGUGUUCAAGGAGAACUAAAUGGCACUCAAGGAGAUAUAGCGGACACCAUAGCUGGGAAGCUUCGUAGCGACGUUUUGGUCGGAGAGCAAGGGUCCUCGGAGGAGACCGGCUUAAUGGCUCCUUCUGUGGAACUGGAUGAACUUCAGACUCCAUGGGAAAGCUCGGACCACGCCGAAACCUCCGACAUGUUCAACGAGACCGAUCCCAUUCUGGGAGCACCAGCAUUAGAAACAGGAUUUCUGGAUGCUGCUCAGCCAGAAGACGGUCGGGAAGGUGAUGAAGCUCUAACCGACUGUUUGAGCAUGCCUAGUUCAGACUCCCAGAGUAACCCCGUAGAGCCGCUAGCACCAAGCUUCAUGUUGUUUAAAGACCUUAAUGUAGGAGAGACUUCUGUGGAUCAGACGGAUCUGUCUGCAAGUCUUCCAGAAUACGUACCGCCGACACCUCUCGGACUCCCGGAGGUAAGUCUUGACCAGGCCGACCCCUUAAGUGAGGAGCAAGAGGAGAAGCUUAGUGAUUCCAACAUCACACAGAGCAUUCCCAGUCCAGGAGAUGGAGCGGAAAGCAUAGGGUUCCAUUUUGAGAAAGAAGAACUUUCCCUGGAUAGUGACAGUCUGGCUACAGCCGUUCCGAGGAUGAAGGACGCCGAUGAAAUCGACAAGAUGCCUUCAUUAGAGUCAUCAAGAGAAAACUGCCUUGAGGAAUCACAAAAAAUGGACUGCAAGGUUUCAUUUGAGGAUUCUUGUGAAGCGCCCUUGGAUGAAUCGUAUGAAAAGGCGAUAACAGAGCCGGGAAAAGUGCCUUUGCAGGAGUCGUACGAUUUGACAUGUGACGAGACCCUGCAGGAACCUUGUGAAGGGUAUCAGCAAGACUCGACAGAGGGACAAAUGCUUGAAGAACCCUGUAAAGAACCGUCAACAGAGGAAUGAAAUCUUACAAACACUACUCUCUCAACAGAUUACCCAUUGACCUCUUCACUUCCGUCAUCUCCAGCUAUUUUACCUGACACCUCGGUAUCUCCUGACCUUGAGGCUGAUCCCAACAUCAGACAAGAGUUCCUCAUGGAUCCAGUGGUGUCAGAUGUAAAACCUGAGCCAGACAGCACUACACAGACGCCUCAGCUUGAGCAGACUGAAGUUCUGGAGGUGAAGGAUAAACUGAAGGAUGAAGAUACAAAGACAUCAGCAUUAUUAGAUGUCGAAGCCCCACGUUUUUCAUUACCCAUGUGUGAGAUGGAAAACAGCGUCCAUGAAAUAAGAGAACCAACCAUUGCUCAGCUUCUACAGGAGAAAGCCCUCUUCUCCUUUUCUGAGUGGCCGAAGGACAGAGUUAUCAUCAACCGUAUUGACAGUGUCUGCCACACUAUAUUAAAGGGAAAGUGGCCUUCCUCCAGUCAGCAGUACGAGUCUCCCAGCUCACUCGCCAACACUUGCAUGCCCAGCAGUACCCAUCAGAGGGCAGGAUUCCUGCCCACCAGAAUGACUCAGAGCCUAAACUUUAAUCUUCCUCACACUGUACAACAUUUACCCAAGGAGCGGUUGGUGGCUCCUGUUUUCCUCUCCGAACUGAAACGUCCCAGACACGGAUUCGAAUUCGAGGCAGAGGUUCUCGCCAAACCGAGCAAUCUUGGAGAAAAGAUCCAGGCUGGAUCUCACCGUGCUAACGCUCUUCUCCUUAACGGCUGGCAGGAUGCGGCCAUUGACCUCUCCAAGCAGACAGAGCUAACGGUUGGUGGAGAAAGUGGGCCGAUCGGUCACAUGAGCCACACUGUCCAAUCAGCACCUCAUAAAAUAACUGGGAUAGGCUCCAUACAAGGCUCGCUGGGAUUGGAUAUGGCGGGCAUUUUGCAGGCUGGCCUAAUUCACCCGGUUACAGGGCAGAUCGUCAACGGCAGCCUUCGCCGCGAUGACGCCAUGUUUAGGAGGAGGAGAGGACGGAGAAGAAACGUGGAGGCCACUGACUUGAACUUCUUGAAGAGCCGAGUCGUGAACUUACCAGAACAACAGAGCGGAUCAGAGAAUAUCAGCCAUCCUGUUGUGUCGUCUACAUCCUCCCAGUCAGAAUGUCCCUCAGCCUCUCCGGCUACAAUUCCUGGCCCCCCAUCAGCACCCCCUCCAACUGCUCCUCCAGCAGAGGCCCUGAACGUCACCGUGGAAAGGGAAGCUGCCAACAAAGGCCUAAUGGAAUGGCUCAGACAGAAUCCCAGCUACAACAUGGAGCUUCCCACUUUCCCAUCGUCUCAGAGCGCAAGCAUGUUGCAUAGUUUCUUGGAUCGUCCAAAGCAGAGAAGGCAUCGCUGCAAAGACCCCACCAAACUUGAUAUCAACUCCCUAACCGGAGAGGAGAGGGUCCCUGUCGUGCACAGAAGCACAGGGCGCAGGCUUGGGGGCGCUAUGGCUCCAGCCAUUAAGGAGCUUUCCAGAUGGCUGGAUGCAAACUCUGAGUAUUGCGUGGCACCUGAUUGGGCGGAUGUGGUAAAGCACUCUGGCUUUCUCCCUGAAGGCAAAUUCACUCGCAUCCUCUCUGGGCCCGUGUGCCGGGAACCAGGUCCACGAAGAAGAGGCAGGCGACCCCGCUGCGAGAUGCCCAAAGCCCCCGAGCUCCCCGCUGGAAUGGCUCCGCUCUUCAUGAACGGUGGUCUCAUUGGAAGCAUGGACCUGGUUAGCUUACCCAAUCUCCACAAUGUCCCGGGCAUCCCAUUAACGGGGAUCAUGGGCUUUCCUCACGGUUUUGCUACCGCUGUAGCGUCAGGAGACGAUGGGAAGAAUGGACUCGGCAUGCUACCCAUGAUGCUCCACGGCAUGACUGCCGUGCAACCGCCCAUGUAUAGCGCACACAUGAGUGGGAUGAUGACUCAGCCGCUGUCCACGGCAACCUCAACGGUUUCCACAGCGACCGCAUCAUCUGCCGCUGCAAGCGGGACUUCUACGAACUCCACCACCGUUACCUCAACCUCCAGCUCAGCGGAUAGUUCGGACGCCACGCCGCAGCCUGACAAAGCAGGCUCUCCGAUGACCACGGAGAAGGGGAAUAAGGAAGAGACCAAGCAAGGAGGGGAAGAGAGGAAAAUAACGCCCGCUACGGUUUCUACAGGUGCAGCCACCAGCAGUUCUAGUAGUAGUAUCACAAGCAGCGGCAGCCAUUUGACCUUUAACCCCUUCCUAAUCCCGGGAAUGUCCCAUAGCUUGCUGUAUCCGCACAUGUUCUUGCCACCCGGCAGUAUCAUGGCGCUGCCCGCUAUGCCCGCCGCAGACAGCACGGGUAGCCCCAAGAGAAAGAGGAAGAGAGUGGUGGAAGUAAGUGGGAAUGUUGUCGUUCAAGUCGAUGGCUUGGAAGUCAAGGGGCUUAAAGAAGAACAGACAACAGAACGAAAGCAUCAAGAGUGCGAGAUGGAAUACGAUAGGCCUGAUGUAGAUUUAGCUCAGGUCAAUGAUCCUUCUGACCCUAAAAAUGAUCCGUCUGAGGAGAAAAGUACUAAAAAAGAGAUGGCGGAGAAGGGAGAGAUCGCUGGGGAGGCCUGCGGUUCACGUGAUGGUGAAGACUAGAAUCCACCUCACAGUACUUUUGUGUCGUGUCAGUAAAGGUUUGUGUAUAGAAAUUUGAUUAUCAACAUGUUGUUUAUAGAUCUGCCCAGUCAUACUUGUAAUUUCACUGACAUCCACUAUACCUUUGGGUGUAUGCUAAAAAAUAGACAUUUCAAGCAUGAAAGCCCUCAAAGGUCUCGGUCUUACAAAGGGACGACAUCAUCUUGGUGUUUCAGUGUUCCUUUUGCAUCAUGGUAAUGGAUACUCGAAAAUUUCCCUCUGUUUAUGGAGAAAGCACCUGGAGAUGACCCCGUUUUUUUCCUUUCCAAUCAGGUGUUAUCGCUAAUAUCUUUUCCAGAUCCUCAGAAAGCCUUCAAAUGCUAUUAUUAUGAAAAAAUAGAGCCCACUUUCACAUAGAAUCGGUGUUUGAAAUAUCACAGACAAGGCACGCACGUAUAGUUACGCAAGACCUAGAUUAGUUUCUCAAAAAAAUGUAAAGCAUACGCACACCCCCAUAGAUCGAUCUGCAUCUGAUACGUUUUUGGCGGACCACAGUAUUUUGUUUUUAGUUGCUUGCUGCUACGUAUUCAUUAUAGUGAAUCAAAGCGAAAGAUUUCACCCGAAUCUUAACAAAGCUAUAGAUGGCGUGAGUGCAAUGGAAACUCAAAAAGCAAGGCUUGAUAUUUAUAGCAAAGAACAAUCCUGAGAUUGAUUUAUUUUGUUUCGUUUUGUCUUUUUUUGUUCCACAGUGUCACUUUGAUAAGAUGCCCACGUUGGGAGAUGUCUAACCGUUGUCGAGUUUAGGAUGCUGAGGGCAAUGUGUUGUACAUGCUGUACAUGAGGGUGUAAAGGCAGAUGGAAAAGCAAGUGAAUGAAAAUAACUUUACCCCCCCCCCCAAAAUAUGGAGUUCUUCAUUUAUCUGUAAAGCCCCGCGUAGGUUGAUGGGGUCAACAGGAAGAUCUCCGUUAUGAGUGUCAUUGCUCUCUGUGCAUUUGAAAAUACUGUAGAGUAAAACCUACCAGGACUUUUGGAAACAUGUAAAUCUAUCUUGCUGUAUAUUGCUGUUACUUUUGUUUACAAGCACACAAUGUUCUUUUUUUCCUCGCCAGUAUGCCACAUUUUGGGGGAAACUGUAGUAAAAAAGGUUUAGCACUAUGGUUUCUUUUAUUUGAAAUCUUUUACACUAGUUGAUAACCAGAGGUAAUCCUUUUUCUCCCCCCAAACUCUACAGGGUCUCUAUUAUGUGGGAGUAUUAAUUUUCCAACUUCUCAUACUAAUCACUUUUUUUUCAGUUUUCUGAUGUGAAAACAUUUUUGCACAGUCCUUUCGGUGAAUGUUUACCUGUAAUUGUGUUCCGUCAGUUUGUUUUUCGUGUUUGUGUGGACGCAUGCGCACGCUUGCACACGUCAUUUCCUGUACAUUUUGAUCUGUGUAAACCUGUACUGUAUAUUUCCCGUCUGAAAAUCAUGGUCACCCUUGAAACAACAUGCUGUCGUUGCCUUGUCACUCCACGUGACACCAUGUAAUUUAUUUUGCUUUUUUUACUCUUUGCCAAAUUCACCAAAUACUACAUUUUUUUUUUUUUCUCACAUCUUUUUUAUUGUGUUACAUCUGCAAUGCCUUAUUUAGCAUUUAUAUAUGGAUGUUUGUUACAUCUUUAUGUUGGAAAAUAUGUAUCUUGUGUACAGUGUCAGCGUUUUGGGAAGCAGUCUCGGUCAUGCUAGUUUCAAUGCGAACGCUCUGGUUGUACAGCCAUUGGCCUCUGGGAAGUGGCAUCUGGUGCAGUUCUUUUAAAACUUCAAAUAGAUACACGGUGGUACAUGUGACAUUGCAAGGUCGGUUUCUCUUCUGUGGUUUUGGUCAAUCGUGCCGACUUAUUCUAAACAGCAUUGGAAAGCACAAAGUCUGUUGCAUUUCUAAAGGUUGAAAAUGGAUCUUUCUGGAUAGUCUCUACAUUGCAUUUUCAACAACAUCUGGUAAACAAAAUCCUGUAGACCUUAGAUUUGUAAACGAUUACAUUUCCCUCGCUUAUGAUGUUUCGAUAAGCUCAUAACUCCAUUAAAACACUUCGGCAGAUGCACAGCCAGUACAUGUACAGCUAGAGAGGUCAGACUGUUAGGCUGAGAAUGCUACGUUUCUGGUUGUAAGUGUAUUGAUUUUAUAAGAUGUGCUGUCUGUUGGUAAUGUAUAGUUUGAAAAUGCAACAAUCUUGUUGGGAAAUCAAAAAACACUCCCGCGUAUUGAAUUGACCUGGUUUUCAAAACAAACAAAAAUGGUGCAGUAUUUAGGCUCAUUUGAUAUUAAAAUAAUAUUUAUUCAAUUUCUGUAUUAAAACGCUCCAAAUAACCUUUUUUUUCAAGAUACAAGUAUUUGGUCAUUUAUAAAAGUUUUAAUAUUCCCUGUAUUUAUUGUGUUUUCCCGUCUUAAUGUCGUCUCCCUGUGUAUUGCAACAUGUACAUAAAUUUGCUGUCUCCAGGUUUUGGAUGUUUUCCUACUAUGGAAUGUCUACACUGAUCCAUUGUUACCUUUCAUGCAAUCUGAAAUGUUUCGAAAACGGAAACAGGGACUGUAUCUGUGUGUAUAAAUAUCUGGGUACAGUGUGGCACUUGUGUAUGUCUCUGGAUAAUUGCUCCAAAAACGCUUAGUAUGAGUACCAAGUACUUUACUGUCCCACCUUUCAUGGAUUUUUUAAAAGGUAUUCAUUGUUGCAGCUUUAAACAGCAAAUUUCUGUAACAGAAACAACAGAAUUGGACAUUUUGAUACCAUAUGCCAGUGUUAUAAUGGCCGGGAUUAAUCUAACCCAACAUCCAGUGCUUUCAAUAUGCACGCAGUAGGAGACUAAACUGAUUUUGCUUUGCCACUAUGUCUGUGUUUGCAUCCCUGGACCUGCUAUAAUACGUUCCAAUCACAGCACCCAAAGCAGUUCCCACACUUAAAAAAAGUAAUGGAACGCAGGCUACUAUGGCGUGUUUCUUAUACCAGAGCUGCAAUGCCAGACCAAUAAAAGUUGGGUCCAUACUUUUCAAGACAUGUUAGAGCAUCGAGACAUGUUAGAGCAUUGUAUCGAGCCUGUUGGAAAGUUCCGUUACCUAAGCACCUGUUAAAUCAAGUUGAAUGAAUUUGACAAAACUAAUAAUGGUCAGUGUUCAGGACAGGAAAGCACUAACAUAGUUACAUUCAAGUGCACUAUAUAUUUGGGAUGAUUACGAGACACAAGACGUAAAAAGUGAACUUAUACUCUUGGUAUGAAAUCAGCAUAAAUGCUGAGAGUGUUUUAUUUUAUUUGUAUUUUAUUUUGGGGAUAUCUUGUUUUUAUUCAUUUCCAAUUGCUCCUGUACACCAAUGUGGACCAACAAUAUAUUUCAAACCAUGGUAUGUGAUCUUUUAUUGUGCAAUAAAAGAUGACUUUCAACUUUCAA